CCAGACAGAGCCAUUUGAAAAGGUAUAUAAAUCCUCUGUCUUUGUGAACUCGAUUGAACUUCAUAACCAACUCUUUAUUUUUUUUUCUCUUUCUUAACGAAAAGAAAAAAAAACAACAGCAAAACAAUCUACAAGCGCUUUUUUUCUAACGACCUUUUUUUUUAACGACCUCUUUUUUUUCUUUUUUUUUACGAUCUUCUUUUUCUUUAUAACGAACUUAUUGAAAAAACACAUUUAACGACCCAAAAAAAUCUAUAAACUUUUUACGACUCUCAAAAAAAAUCUACUCUUCUACUUUUUUUUUUUAUCUCAAUCUCAAUUCUAAACAAUUCUAUCAAAAAUGACUAUCAACGCUGGUAUUAAUGGUUUCGGUCGUAUUGGCCGUAUUGUCUUGCGUGCUUCUCUCAACAAUCCUGAAGUUAAGGUUGUUGCUAUUAAUGACCCCUUCAUUGAUCUUGAAUAUAUGGUCUAUAUGUUCAAGUAUGAUUCGACUCAUGGCCGAUUCCAAGGUACGGUCGAAGCUAAGGAUGGCAAACUGGUUGUGAACGGAAAUCCUAUUGCGGUUUAUUCUGAAAGGGAUCCUUCUCAAAUUCCCUGGGGUAAAAACGGUGCCGAUUAUGUCGUUGAGUCCACCGGUGUCUUUACUACCAAGGAAGCUGCCUCUGCUCACCUUAAAGGUGGGGCGAAAAAGGUUAUCAUUUCGGCCCCAUCGGCAGAUGCGCCCAUGUUUGUUUGUGGUGUCAACCUAGACAAGUAUUCUUCUGAUCUUACUGUUAUCUCUAAUGCCUCGUGUACUACGAACUGUCUUGCUCCGCUUGCCAAGGUUAUCCACGAUGAAUUUGGUAUUCUAGAAGGCUUAAUGACAACUGUCCAUGCUACUACGGCGACUCAAAAAACGGUCGAUGGUCCCUCGAACAAAGACUGGAGAGGUGGUCGUGGUGCGGGUGCGAACAUUAUUCCCUCUUCCACUGGUGCUGCUAAGGCGGUCGGUAAAGUAAUCCCUGAUCUCAAUGGAAAGUUGACUGGUAUGGCGUUCAGAGUGCCUACUCCUGAUGUUUCUGUUGUAGACCUAACUGUGCGACUUGAAAAGGGCGCGUCUUAUGAAAAGAUCAAGGAAGCUAUCAAAAAAGCGUCUGAGACGAAUCUUAAGGGUAUCCUGGAAUACACAGAAGAUGCGGUUGUAAGUACUGACUUUGUUGGCCAUCCUGCAAGUUCCAUUUUCGAUGCGUCUGCGGGUAUUUCACUGAACGAUAAUUUUGCCAAGCUAGUCAGCUGGUACGACAAUGAAUACGGCUAUUCUAAUCGUGUAAUUGACCUUUUGGUCUUUGCAGCGAAGAAGGAUGCCGGCGCGUAAAGUGUCCAACCAAAUACCCCCUCUUUCAGACCAACUUCUGUCAUUUUCCCCCUUUUCUUACUCUUUAGUUUCUAAAUCGUAAUAACUUUUUUCAUAUUACUCUACACAUUCAUUCCACUCCCCUUUUUUUUCUUUACUUUUUGGCCAUUUUUAUGAACCUUUUUCUUUUUUGUAUAAUUUCUAUGUCACAGUAUUGUAGCUACUCUAUUACAUGUAAAAUAAUCUAUGAUCGUAUUGUAAACGAAUAAAAGCAAUUGUAAAAAAAAAAAAA